GUGUCGAAAGACUCCAUAAAGCGCUUACCCCCCGACGCUGCGUGUCUGUCUCAGGAAGGAUGGCGACGAAGAGCGCGCGCAUCUCGGUCCUUGUCUUUGCUCUCCUCUCUCUGUGUUGCGCCUCGGCGGGUGACCAGAGUGGCGUGAAAAAGAUGAAGAUGCAGUUUGCGACGGGGCCGCUGCUCAAGUUCCAGAUAUGCAUUUCCUGAGGGUACAAGCGGGUGUUUGAGGAGUACACGCAGGCCUUGUACCAGCGGUACCCAGACAUCCGCAUCGAAGGGGAAAACUACCUUCCUGUACCCAUUUAUCGUCAUGUGGCUUCCUUCCUGUCUCUGUUCAAAUUUCUGGUCAUCGGUUUGAUCAUUAUCGGCCGAGAUCCGUUCGCCCUCCUUGGUAUGCAAGCCCCAGGAAUCUGGGAGUGGGGGCAGGGAAACAAGAUCUACGCCUGCAUGAUGGUCUUCUUCUUCAGCAAUAUGAUAGAAAACCAGUUGAUGUCCACAGGAGCGUUUGAAAUCACACUGAAUGAUGUGCCCGUUUGGUCCAAGCUGGAGUCGGGCCACCUUCCCUCCAUGCAGCAGCUGGUCCAGAUCCUGGAUAAUGAGAUGAAGAUGAACGUCCACAUGAACACAGGCCCCCUCCACCACUCCUAACACCAGUGCUCUCCAAGCGUGCGACCGAGCCUCAUGCUGCUGGUCUGUGGUCUCCAGGUUGGCGGAGGGUCUCUCAGCGGGCCGUGACGUGAUGUUUAUGAAGGUCUGCGCUGAAGGCAGGGAGACUGCCGGCGCAGACUGGAUGCUCUCAUCACUCUUUGCUCCUUAGAGACGUCCCGCCGCUAACCCCGGAGCGCCCCGUCUCUCGUGCUACUACUGCGGUUCCCCAUCAUGAGACAGUAACCUUCCAUCGAUUGUCCUUAACUUUCCAUUCUCACCUCAGAGCUGCAUCUCAGCUCGUGCGCCGAUGAAGCUCAUAUAUGUCCUUACUGUUUUAACGCAGAGAACUAUUGGGAAUAUGUGUCUUGUUAUGAUUUCUGAAUAAUUUUUAUAUUUACAUCACUGAAAAUGAGAGGAUUAAUAAAAUGUAUUGUAACAAUUCAACUGUGG